UGUAAGGAAUAAGACAGUCUACGAACAUUCGACUACCAUGACGCUCCGACUUAUUCUGCUGGCUGUGAUAGCCGUAUCUGUAACCAAUGCGAUGAUAUUCGAUAACACCGAUGAUGGCCCUGAGGACAUGCACUUCCCAGUCGUCCGUGCCCUUAACAACAUCCUUUCCAAGCAAUUUGAUCAGUUGUAUACACUCCUGUUGAUGAAAAUGAAGGCGGCAGAAGUGCUUGCCAUGAAGCCAGACCAGAAAGCUAUGCUAGACAAGUUCAUAAUGGGAAGAGCUGAUAAAAUGUUGAAGAUGAUCGACUACGCUGGCGCCAGAGGGUUGACCCCUGAUAUUGAUGACCCACAGCCAUUGGAUUUGAACAACUGUGAUGACGUGUAUGGUUGCUGGAAGUUGAGUCUUCAGAUGGAAAGAGACAUGUACAAGGCCCUGCAGGAAGGUUACAGCUCUGCUGGCAGUCACGAGGAUGCUGAUGCCCAGGCCAGACUUGUCCCACUCAUCCAAGAAAGUCUCGGUGCCUUGAGAUUCGACAAAGCGAUAGUUGCAAAGAAAGCAGCUGCUGCUGCCAAGAAACAGCCGAAGCUAAAGCCUUUGACUACAGACCAACCAACAAUCGUAGGCGGAGAUGGUACCUAUUUGGAUGAUAUUUUCAGCGGUUGAAGAGCUGCUUUCCGUUUGAUAUAGUGGCAACAUAUAUGCCACCCGCAACACUCUUUUCGAACCAUCGUCAUCAUCUGUAUGUUAAAUCCAAUCAGAAAAUCCCCCCAGACCAUUUGGUAAAACUAAACUAUGUCGAUAACUUAGCAGAAGAAUCCAUUUUAGAAAAUCGAUUGUUCAUUAACUUUAAGGUACCCUAACAUAUAAGUAAAGGUACCUUGGUUAUAUCUCCACGUCCUGGCCUUGUUACCUACGACGAAUGUACAUGUACAUGUAAAGCAAAAGACUGUAGUGUUGUACGGAUUACUACAAUGAUAAAAGUUAAUCCUCGACUAGACAAUCAAAAA